AUGGCCCACCAAAUUGGACUCGUGUCACUUCCUAAUGGCGAUGAUCCGCGUUACAUUGGGCCAUCGAGUGGUCACUUCUUUACCCAGCUUGUUUGUACGGUCAGUGCCCACACUAAGACUGCGAAUCCAAUGCGUCUUGGUGUGAACAAUGCUACUCUGCAACGAGAUAGUGCUCUCACUGAGAGAUUACUCCGCGACAUUCAAACCCCUCUUCCAUCGAGCAAGGAAACAACGCAAGAGCUCACCAAGACGUACUUCAAGACCGUCCACCAGCAUUCGCCCUUCCUACAUGAGCCAACGCACAUGAAAUUGAUUGAAGAGAUGUACACUAUGCAUGAGCCUGAUCCGGUUGUCGCAUUCCAGGUUUAUAUGGUACUCGCAAUUGCAUCUGUCACUCUUUCGCGUCGAGAUAGGAUUGUUCUUCCUAGCGAAGGUUGGUAUACCAUGGCCAUCUCAUACUUCGAAAAAGUUCCCUUGGAGAGCUCAACUCGAGGGUUACAAUGCCUUCUGCUUCUUUACAUAUGGGGCAUGCAUAGUCCGUCCACAAAGCUCAACGUCUGGUACUUGAACUAUCAGUGUAUCGCCAUGGUCGUAGAUCUUGGUCUGCAACGCGAUGUCACCGCUACUUUAGCAAUUUCACCGAUCGAUCAAGAGAUGAGGACAAGAAUAUUCUGGGUUGUGUAUAGCCUGGACAGAUCCCUCUGUACUAUGAUGGGUCGGCCAAUAGGUCUGAGAGAUGAGGCAUGUGACUUAAGACUUCCGGCAGAUGUCGACGACCGUGACUUGGCUCGAGACAGUAUCAAACGAAGACCAGAAGACGAGCCUCCAAACCACAUGACAUACGGCAUACACAUGUUCAAGCUAGCCAAGCUAAACUCGGAGAUGAAGUACAUUCUCCACAGUAUCUCUAGAGACACCCCUGCGUAUGCCUAUCCUGCGAUUCGCUGUAUGAACACUUGGCAAAGAGAUAUGGCAAGUCGUCUCGACCAAUGGGCAGCUGAUACACCGAACAGAAGCACACGAGAUUAUGCCGUUAAGCUCUGCGAAGUACGCUACCACGUUUUGAAGACUCUGCUCCUGCGACCGAGUCCUGGUAUACCACAACCAAGCUCAGAUGAUUUGAGGGGGUGUUACAAAAGCGCCAUAUCUGCAGUUCGGCUCUAUCACGAGUUAUAUAUCGAGAACUCGCUGGUGUUCAGUUGGGCUUGUUAUCAUUCAAUUAUGAUGAGCUCGGUCACAGCAUUCUUUUGCAUCUGGACCUGUCCCGCUGUUGCACAAGAUACAGUCCUUGACGAACUAGUUUCAGAUUUACGCGCUGCAUCGAACAUACUCAGCGCCACUGGUGAGCACUGGCCCGGAGCGAAGAGGAGCCGCGACAUCCUAGAUGAGCUCUCUCACAGAACGAUCAGUUGGAUGAUGGAUCGCAAGAAUCGUGACAAUGGUGAGAACCAAAACGUUGUUCCAGCGCGGAAUGGAGAUAUCUCGUGGAGUGACCUCAAUGAGAACACGCUCACCGGCUUACAGCCCACUGGCGAUACGUCGGCGCACCUACAAACCAAUGAACUCGAGGCCUUGAUGCAACAAUACAGUCGCAACUGGACACCAGGGCUUGAUCUCCUGCCACCGAGCUUGGAUCAAGUCUCAGAUCCAAAUACCGGUCUCUGGACAGGAGACAUGAAUACCGACAUGUUCCUUCAAGACCUCUUUGAUGGACUGGCUCCCAUGUCGUUCUAG